GCCGCGGCCUGCGGGCGCCGCUGGUUGGCGGCGGGCGGACACGUGAGCGGGGAGGCGGCGGCGGCAGCGGCAGCGGGAGUUUCCCCGACAGCUGGAGGUUGCGGCGGCGGCUCCUCCUCCCCGGGUCCCCGCUAGAGCCCGGAGACCCCCCGCGCUCCUUCUUAUUGACAAGCGCACAAAGGGCCGCGCCGGGGCCGGGUCGGGAACGCGUCUGGAGCCGGCAUGGGAGACAAGAAGAGCCCGACCAGGCCGAAGCGGCAGCCGAAACCCUCCUCGGACGAGGGGUAUUGGGACUGCAGCGUCUGCACCUUCCGCAACAGCGCCGAGGCCUUCAAGUGCUUGAUGUGCGACGUGAGGAAAGGCACCUCCACACGGAAACCUCGACCUGUCUCACAGCUGGUUGCACAGCAGGUUCCUCAGCAAUUUGUGCCCCCUACACAAUCAAAGAAAGAGAAAAAAGACAAAGUAGAAAAGGAAAAAAGUGAAAAGGAAACAAGCAAAAAGAACAGUCAUAAGAAAACCAGGCCAAGGUUGAAAAAUGUGGAUCGAAGUAGCGCUCAGCAUUUGGAAGUUACCGUUGGAGAUCUGACAGUCAUAAUUACAGACUUUAAGGAGAAAACUAAGUCACCACCUGCUUCCAGUGCUGCUUCUGCAGAUCAACACAGUCAGAGUGGUUCUAGCUCUGACAACACAGAGAGGGGAAUGUCCAGGUCAUCUUCACCCCGAGGAGAAGCAUCAUCACUGAAUGGGGAAUCUCAUUAAAGUUUAUUUCCUCCA